UUUUCAGCAACCUUGACCUGUUCCUUUUCUCCCUGAUUGUCGGCCUUCUCAUCUAUUGGUUCAUGUCCCGCAAGAAGCCUGAACCAAUCCCUGAAUUUAAGAAGCUUGAAACAAUGCACGGUAAACUACGGAGCAUGCGCAACAGUCCUUUGGCCAGCUGCCCAGGCUCCACGCUAAACUCAACAAAAGUACAAACACAAGUUUUGUUUUUGCUCCCAUUUUUCUUGAACUGAACUCAAAGAUAUGAGACUUGUUCUAUGUACACACAAGGCCUAUUUCUCUCAAAUAUUGUUUGCAAAUCUGUCAAAUCUGUUCUCAGUGAGCAUUUCUCAUUUGCCGAGAUAAUCCAUCCACCACACAGGUGUGGCAUAUCAAGAUGCUGAUUGGACAGUAUGCUCAUUGCACAGGUGUGCUUUAGAAUUGAAUGCUCAUUUUUCUACCAUAAGCCAUCUUCAAAGGCAUUUCAGAGAAUUUGGCAACAAUUGGUUUGCAUAACCAAAGAAUUUCUGCACAAACUGUCAGAAACGUCUCAGGCAAGCUCAUCUGCAUGCUGGCUGUCCUCAUUGGGGUCUCGACCUGACUGCAGAUUGUCAUCGGAACCGACGGCAAUUGGGCAUAUGUCAAAUUCUCACAUUCGAUGGUGUCUGGAACUUUGAAGAGGUGUUCUCUUUAUGGAUGAAUCCUGGUUUUCACUGCACAGGGCAGAUGGCUGACAGUGUAUAUGGCGUUUUGUGGGUGAGCAGUUUGAUUAUGUCAUUGUGGAGGCGGGGUUAUGGCAUAGGCAGGGUUAUGUUAUGGAUGUGAUGUAAUACACAGAGAUGCCAUGACGACAUCCUGAGGUCCAUUGUUGUCCCAUUCGUCCAUGACCAUCACCAUCAUCUUGCAGCAUGAUAAUAUGCACUUCCCCGUGUUACAAGGAUCUCUACACAAUCCCUGCUGGAAGCUGAAAACAUGAACCCAGUUCAUGCAUGUCCAGCAUACUCACCGGACAUGUCACCCAUUGAGCAUGUUUGGGGUACUCCCUGAUCAGCGUAUACGACGGCGUGUUCCAGUUCCUGCCAAUAUCCAGCAACUUUGCACAGCCAUUGAAGAGAAGUGGACCAGCAUUCCACAGGCUACAAUCAACAACCUGAUCAACUCUAUGCGAAGGAGAUUCAGCAUCUUGAUAUGACACACCUAUGAGGUGGAUGGAUUAUCUCGGCAAAGGAGAAGUGCUCACAAGGUUAGACAGGUUUGCCGACAAUAUUUGAGAGAAAUAUGCAUAGAAUAUGCACAUAGAAAAGGUUUUAGAUCUUUGAGUUCAGCUCAUGAAAGAUGGGGGCAAAAACAAGUGUUGCGUUUAUAUUUUUGUUGAAUGUAAAUGCAUAGAAGCAUAAUUACCUGUUUGUGGCGCAUGACUUUUUUGCCAAAGUUCUGAGACGGUGUGGGAAGGGCGGCAUUGUAGUGAAUAAAGACAACUUUAAAGAUCCCGAAAACUCCCAGCAAAAACAACCACAUUGAAGACUUGCUCUUGAAUGAGAGAUAUGCAGGUUGUAGUCUCAUGCUCUUUUCCUGUGGAUGUGGCGCCACCAGCAGCAAGUACAAGGUACAAACGAAACCCAUUACAGCCUCACACAAACAUGUAAGGCCCUGCCAUUGGCUGGUGACCAGUCCAGGGUGUACCCUGCCUGUCGAAGUCAGCUGGGAUAGGCACCAGCAUGCCCCUGCGACCCUAAUGAGGAUGAAGCGGUAUAGAAAAUGGAUGGAUGGACAAACAUGCACAGUAUACGGUUAUGUGUCAUGCUGACAUUUUAUGCUUUAUUAUUACGUAUUUAUAAAUUAUGAUUGACAUAGGAUGAAUGAGAUGGGUUUUCUGAAAAAAGCAGCCUAUUUUGGGGGAGAAAAAGCACAAAAGGGCCGGUUUCCUCACAAAUUAAGAAAAAAAUAUUGAUCAAAUUUGCAGGGUUGCGAAUGCUGCAUCCUGACUGUGCCCCAAGCCACUGUAAAAAGAAGUAUCCCCUAUAUGGAGAAACAAUUACAGUAAUCCCUCGUUUAUCACGGUUAAUUUCUUCCAAACGCGUGAUAAGUGAAUUUCUGUGAAGAAGGACUUCUUAUUUCCAUCCAUCCAUCCAUCCAUUUUCCAUGCCGCUCCUCACUUGGGUCGUGGGGGUAUGCUGGAGCCUAUCCCAGCUGACCUCGGGCAAGAGGCGGGGCACACCAUGGACUGGUCGCCAGCGAAUCGCAGAGCGUGGACUCAUGGAUGGAUGGAAUAUUUUUGCAGUUAGAAAAUCUGUUCAUGGCCUUCUAAAUACAUUUUUUUAAACAUUAUUAGAGCGCUCUAGACAUGAAAUAACACCCCUAUAGUCAUCUAGUCACCUUUACACUCAUAUUACUCAAUGUAGUAGAUACAAUAAGAGUAAAUAAGCCCUUUUUAAGACAUAAAUAUCAAACUUGUGUUUGUGUGUUUUACUGUAAAUGUGUUCCCUAGGGGAGCUGAGUGAGGGGCGGACUGGAAGUGACAGCGUUGUUGUUAUUAGGGAUUAUUGUGGCUGUCGUGAGAUAAUUCAGACCUGCACUAAAAGCCUGUUCUUGUGUGUCUCACCGAACAUUACUCACACCUUGUUUGAAUUCAAAGACGUUGGUUAUAUGUACAGUAGUAUUUAAUGCCUUAUAUUUGUAUUUUAACUCAUGUAGCUAUUUUUAUGCUUGAACAUGGUUAAUUUAGGCUAAUGGUUCUCAAUUAUUUUCUCUCAUGCCCCCACUAAUAUAUUUUAGAAAAAACCUGAGAGUGAAGCCGCAAAAUUUGAAGCGUGAUGUGGCGAGGGACGACUGUAAUUCAAUACUCGCCAUUUACUGUGAAGCCUGAUGGACAUGUAAUGCAGUGCCAAACAUUCAGAGGGCAAUUACUGCAUGUCUGGGAGAGCACCCACAACGAGAGAGACGAGUUUCAUUGAGAAAAUGAAGAAAACGGGCAAGAACAUCAUUGUGUUCUAUGGCUCCCAGACGGGCACAGCAGAGGAAUUUGCCAACAGACUGUCUAAAGAUGCUCAGCGCUAUGGCAUGAAAGGAAUGGCUGCAGACCCAGAGGAAUACGACAUGGGUGAAAUGUCUCGCCUAGCUGAGAUCAAAAACUCGCUAGCCAUAUUCUGCAUGGCCACUUACGGAGAAGGAGACCCGACAGAUAAUGCCCAGGAUUUCUAUGACUGGCUGCAGGAAAAUGAUGAAGACCUCUCUGGACUCAACUACACGGUAUUUGCUUUGGGGAACAAGACGUAUGAACACUACAACGCAAUGGGGAAAUAUGUGGACAAAAGGUUGGAAGAGCUUGGGGCCAAGCGCAUCUUUGACCUUGGUUUAGGAGAUGAUGAUGGCAAUUUGGAAGAGGACUUUGUCUCAUGGCGAGAGCAGUUUUGGCCUGCAGUCUGCGAGCACUUCGGAGUGGAAGCCUUAGGAGAUGACUCAAGCAUACGACAAUAUGAGCUGAAGGAGCACACCGACAUCAACAUGAAUAAAGUGUUCACUGGAGAGAUUGGCCGUCUGAAGAGUUUUGAAGUCCAGAAGCCGCCGUUUGAUUCAAAGAACCCCUUUUUAGCCCCCGUCACUGUCAACCGUAAACUCAACAAAGGAGGUGAUCGGCACCUGAUGCACCUUGAACUAGACAUUUCCGGCUCCAAGAUCAGAUAUGAGUCAGGAGACCAUGUGGCUGUUUUCCCAUCAAAUGACGCAGCGUUGGUGAACAAGUUGGGGCAGAUCCUUGGAGUGGACCUUGAUGUGGUUAUCUCUCUGAACAACCUUGAUGAGGAGUCCAACAAGAAACACCCGUUCCCUUGCCCUACUACGUACCGCACGGCUCUAACUCACUACCUCGACAUCACACACCCUCCUCGUACCAACGUUCUUUAUGAGCUGGCACAGUACGCUUCUGACCCCAAAGAACAGGAGAAUAUGCGCAAGAUGGCGUCCUCAUCACCCCAGGGAAAGGCGCUCUACCAGAGUUGGGUGCUGGAGCCCUGUAGAAACAUCCUUGCCAUUCUAGAGGACAUGCCCUCUUUAAGGCCCCCCAUUGACCACCUGUGUGAGCUGUUGCCUCGUCUCCAGGCUCGCUAUUACUCCAUAGCCUCCUCCUCUAAAGUUCACCCUAACAGCAUCCACAUCUGCGCUGUGGUGGUGGAAUAUAAGACAAAGACAAACCGUACCAACAAAGGAGUGGCCACUAAUUGGCUGAAGAACAAACUGGUGACUGACAAUGGCCACAAGUCCACUGUUCCCAUGUACAUCCGCAAAUCCCAGUUCCGCCUGCCCUUCAAGGCCAGCGUCCCAGUGAUCAUGAUAGGUCCUGGCACAGGAAUUGCUCCCUUCAUGGGCUUCAUCCAGGAGCGGGGCUGGCUCAAACAGCAAGGAAAGGAAGUUGGCGAGACGGUGAUGUACUUUGGCUGCCGACAUAAGAAUGAAGAUUAUCUCUACCAAGAAGAGCUAGAGGAGGCUGAGAAGAAUGAAGUCCUAACACAGCUAAACGUUGCCUUCUCCAGAGACCAGGAAUACAAGGUUUAUGUGCAACACCUCUUGAAGAAAAAUAAGGAGGACCUCUGGAAGCUCAUUCAUUCAGACAGCGCCCAUAUUUACAUUUGCGGGGAUGCAAGAAACAUGGCAAAGGAUGUACAGACGGCCUUCUACGAGAUCGCAGAAGAGCUUGGAGGCAUGGCGCGCACGCAGGCGGUGGAAUACAUCAAGAAACUGAUGACCAAGGGACGCUACUCACAAGACGUGUGGAGUUAAAACCCUCGGCCUAACUACUCUAGUGGUCCUUUUAAUUAGUGUUUGUUUUUUUUAUAUCUUAUUUUAUCAGGACUGCAAUUGAAAACAUUUAACACGUUCAUUUUCAUCCUGGUUCAUGAAGCUAAAGAGGAAAGCCCUACCUCUGCAGGUUGUUUAGCAAACCCAUUGCACAGCUUUAGUCUCCUAGUAAUCUAUGUAACUGUGUGUCUGGACCACCAGCACUUGUCGUCUGUCAUCCCACAGCAUUGUGUUUGUCUCCUGCACUGUAAAGGAUGACUGGGUGUAGCAGUGUAUAUUAUAGCACAUCACUCUGGAUUUUUUUUUUUCCAGACAAAAGGGAGACUCAGUCAUGGUAUAGAAAUUAUAAAAUGCAAACACAUCACGCCAUCAUUUCAAAUGAUUUUUUUCUUCUUUCAAGAUCAUUUUAAUGAGUAAUGUGACAAAAGUUACAGUCAAGUUUGUCAGCUUUUUAAUUAUUGACUCGUUCAU